AUGGCGGGGGCGAAGAGCGCGGCGGCGGCGGCUAAAGGUCUGCUGAAUGGGGGCGGCGGCGACGGCGGGCCGGAGGAGAAGCGCCCCCGGCUUGGGCCGCCCCCCACUUCUCCCUCGGGCCCCCCGGGCAACCGCGUGACGGUGGUGCUGGGCGCGCAGUGGGGCGACGAGGGCAAGGGCAAGGUGGUCGACCUGCUCAGCCUCGACGCCGACCUCAUCUGCAGGUGCCAGGGUGGCAACAACGCCGGCCACACUGUUGUGGUGGAUUCGGUUGAAUACGAUUUCCACCUCUUGCCCAGCGGAGUUAUCAACCAUAGUGCUACGUCGUUCAUCGGGAACGGUGUUGUCAUCCACUUACCAGGCCUCUUUGAGGAAGCUGAGAAGAAUCUGAAGAAAGGGCCAGGUCUGGAAGGCUGGGAGUCUCGGACGGUGAUUUCUGAUCGCGCCCAUCUGGUCUUCAAUUUCCACCAGGCUGUGGAUGGAAUCCAAGAACAGCAAAGACAGCAGCAGGGUGGCAAAAACCUCGGCACCACCAAGAAGGGGAUCGGACCCGCCUACUCCUCCAAGGCCUCCCGAACCGGCCUGCGCAUCUGCGACCUGCUGGCUGAUUUCAAUGAGUUUUCCAAGAAGUUCAAGGUCUUGGCCCAGCAGUACAAAGCAACCUAUCCGGCCCUCAACAUUGACACGGAGGUGGAGCUGCAGCAAUUGAAGGUGUAUGCUGAGAAGAUCCGCCCCUUGGUGAAGGACGGCGUCUAUUUCAUGUACCAGGCUCUGCACGGCCCGCCCAAGAAGAUACUGGUUGAAGGAGCAAAUGCAGCACUGUUGGACAUUGAUUUUGGUACCUACCCGUUCGUGACGUCCUCCAAUUGCACAGUGGGAGGAGUCUGUACCGGCCUCGGCAUCCCCCCGCACUACAUCGGCAAGGUGUACGGGGUGGUGAAAGCCUACACCACCCGCGUGGGGGUCGGGACCUUCCCCACCGAACAGGACAACGAGAUUGGCGAACAGCUGCAGUUGCGGGGACGGGAAUUUGGCGUCACCACGGGCCGGAAGCGACGUUGCGGCUGGCUGGAUCUUGUGCUGGUGAAAUACGCCCACAUGAUCAACGGUUUCAGCGCCCUAGCCGUGACCAAGCUGGAUAUCCUCGACACUUUUGAGGAGAUCAAAGUAGGCGUUGAAUACCGGCUGGAUGAGAAACGGAUUCCUUACUUCCCAGCCAAUCAGGAGCUCCUGAAUAAGGUGACCGUGGAGUACAAGGUGCUCCCUGGCUGGGGGUGCAGCACCGAGGAAGCCCGCAGCUUUGGCGACUUGCCCCCCGAGGCCCAAGGCUACAUCCGCUUUGUCGAGGAUUACCUGGGGGUGCCGGUGAAGUGGAUCGGCGUGGGGAAGUCCCGUAAGUCCAUCAUCAAGCUCUUCUGAGGCCGGAGGAGGGCGAGGGCUGGCCGCUCGGUUCCCUCCGCACGCAGUUCACGGACCAAUCUGCCGAGGACCACAGGAAACGUAGAGGGGGGGGAAGAGGAUUCUCCCUUCCCACAGGCCAGACCCCGCCCCCGCCACUCAACUAAAAACACUCCUCGCCCCCUUGCCGAGGCGUGUGACCCCUCCGCAGCCUCCGCCCCGAAUUCCAGCUUUCCUCCAACUUCAGCACUGCUGCCGUUUUUGCCACAUCUGGGGAGGAAGGUAGAUAGAUGGAGGCCAGCUGGGCCUGAGAUCCUGCAUUUUCUUUCCAGGAUGGUUGAUGCCACACUCCACUGUCCCCUGCUGAGUCCAUGUGUCUCUUGUCCCACUAUUUUUCACACACACACCCAUCCCAAUCAUUCCUCAUCCACCUCCCACGGUAUCCCUGCCAUCUGUGGUUUGCAGGGAAAGGGCAUUUCCUUUGCCCCAUUCCAGGGCAUCCCAUCGUGGUGGUAAGCAAUGUUUUCGGGAAUACAGGGCCGUUGAACCUCCAGCCCGUGGGCCCAAUCCAGCCUUCUAGGGUUCCCCAGAUCCUCCUUUCCCUCGACUGCUUAUCAUGUCGUGGUUUCCCAGCUUUUGCGUGUUUUAAACCUCUUCUGAAAGGUUAAGAUGCCUCUCCUAUGGGUGACUUCCUGGCAGGAAGAGCUUUAAGCUACAAUGUGCUGGGUUUUUAGCCCCACCCCUUUUGCCUUUAGGCCCCACCCACCACUGAGCUGCUUCGAAAUUGAAUUCAGCCCUCGGGCUGAAAGAGAUUCAACACCCCUGUAGAGAACAGCUGUAUCGUGAGAGGAACAAGCCAUAGCAAAGGCUCGUGGGCUCCGCUUUCCUCCUCCUUCCCGCACAGCCGUGAGGGCGAGAUGGAAAGCUUUUGCAUCCGUUUUGGAUUAACCACAGUCUGGCGUUCCAUCUGGACCCUAAACUGUUCAGAGCAAGCCAGUUUCAUAACAACUGGAUGUUGGCUUGUUCCAAACAAACCAUCGUAGUUAACCAUGGCAAAUUGCGGCAGAGCAAAAGUUGAAAGCGUUUGACCUCGCAGCAGUGCCGAAAGAGAAGAGGCAGGAGGGCCCAAAACGUGCUGUGGCUUGUUCCCACAACGAUCAGCCAUGGUUCGCCACAUCAUUUUCCCCAACCCGAUUAGAAAACCAGGCGGGGGAAAAGCAGGUUUAUUGCAAUGUCCAAAGACAAGUGCGAUCUGCUCUCUUCUUUUUGUCAUUCCUAGUCUUACGAGAGUCUACCCAGAAUUACCCCUGUAACAAACAACCUGACUUUUGUAAUUGCACAUAACUAUGCAAAUUAAACCCCUUUCCUCUUCUCCCCACCCCCCCCAACUCCCGGCAGGCCCUGGGAAGGGGGUUCUGUUGGCUGCAGAAGCACUACCUAUAAACAUUCAACACCUUUUCCCAGGCCUCCUGUUUGGUUUUCAGACCUCAAUGAGGACUAGAUGCCUGAUUUGUAUGUUGUCGUUUUAAACUGUUAAGGCGGAAAUUCGCCGCGCCCCCAGAAUAGAUACCAAAGCUCUCUAGACACAGACGUGCACAAGCCGACCCCACCCGUUUAAUGAAGUAUUCCUGCCGCUAUCGUGUUUUUUGAAGGAAUGUUCCGGAUGUUUCAGUGUCGCCCUCACGCCCAGUGGGCUUCUCAUUUUCUGGGCAUUGCCAUGUCCGCCCCAGUUUCACUGUGGACAGAAAUAGCAAUAAAGAACAAUGAUUUCUUUUAUAAAAUGGGUUGGGUCGUGAAGAAAAUGACGGUACCUAGGCUGAGCAGUGCUGUAUUUUUGUACCCAUUGUUGCAUUGUGCACGGAAAGGGGUCGUGCCCCUCUCCUCCCCAAGUUCCCUUUCUUCUUCAAAUUGCUGCCAACUCCGGGAAUUUCCUAGGCUACCGUAGCUUGAGUCAUCUCCGGGUAGUUUUAACUGUUUUUAUUCAGCUUUAACUGCAUUUUUCAUAGACUUCUCCAGCAUGGUGCCCUCCAGAUUUUUGGGACUUCAACUCCCAUCCGCCCCAGCCAGCAUGGCCAAUGGUGAAGCAUACUGGGAGUUGUGGUCCAAAACAUCUGGAGGGAAGGGUGUUCUAAAGGCUAAAAAUAAAAAUGGGAAAGCCCAGAAACUAAAAGCAAGCAAAAAGAAAUAAAUGUCAAGCUACGUUUUUGA